AUGGCACCUCGAGCUAAAGCUGCGGCUGCGAAGCCCGCCACGACGACGAAGAAGGCCGCCGUAAAGGAGACCGCUCCCAAGAAGGCUGCUGUUGCAAAGGCUGCACCCAAGAAGGCCGCCGCGAAGGAGGCCGCCCCCAAGGCUCCCGCGAAGACUACCAAGGCCACCGCUUCAAAGACUGCUGCUGCCCCCAAGGCCGCAACCAAGAAGGCUGCUGCCCCCAAGAAGGCCGAGCCCAAGCCCACCACCAACGGCGCGUCGAAGAAGCGCAAGGCUGAGGACGACCCCGAAGAGGACUCCCAGAAGUCUGUAACAAAGAAGUCUAAGACCAAGGCCGAGUCUGCCGAGCCUGCCGUCGAGCCUGCCCCCGCUAAACCCGCCCCCAAGAAGGCCGAGGCCCCCAAGAAGUCCACGAGACCCCAGGUCGCGAUUGGAAAGAAGAUCAACGAUGCACCUACUCAGGUCCUUGAUAUCUACGUCUUUGGCGAGGGAACCUCUGGCGAGCUCGGUCUGGGAAGCAAACGCGUAAACGGCAAGAAGCCCAUUGAUGUUAAGCGACCCCGUCUCAACGACAACCUGUCUACCAAGGAUGCCGGCAUCGUCCAGAUCUCUGCCGGUGGCAUGCACGUUAUCGCCCUCACUCGCAACAAUAAGAUUCUGACCUGGGGUGUCAAUGACCAGGGUGCCCUCGGACGCGACACCAACUGGGAUGGUGGGCUACGCGACAUGGACAAGGCCGAAGACUCUGAUUCUGAGGAUGAUGACGAUGACACGGGUAUCAACCCCAUGGAGAGCACACCGGGCGAGGUCUCCGAGGAGUACUUUGCCGAGAACACCAAGUUUGUCCAAGUCAUUGCUUGUGACAGUGCCAGCUUCGCCUUGACUGAGGAUGGUCGCGUUUACGGCUGGGGCACAUUCCGAUCCAGCGACGGCAUUCUCGGCUUCACUCCCACGAUUAAGAUUCAGCAGACCCCCAUCCUCCUCCCCGAGUUGAAGAACAUCAAGACCAUGGCCGCUGGUGCCAACCACAUUCUUGCUCUCGACGCCAAGGGUAAUGUCGUUGCCUGGGGCUGCGGACAGCAGAACCAGCUCGGUCGCCGUAUCAUCGAACGCAACAAGCUCUCCUCUCUCAUUCCUCAGGGCGUCGGCCUUCCCCGUGGCAAGAUCACCCAGGUUGCCUGCGGUUCCUACCACAGCUUCGCCAUCGACAAGAAUAACAAUGUUUGGGGCUGGGGUCUCAACAACUUCGGCGAGGUCGGUGUUGAAGGCAAUGCUGGUGAGGAUGCUGCCGUUAUCCUGAAGCCUGCCAAGAUCGAGGCCCUUGAGGAAUACAAGGUCACCGAGAUUGACGGUGGUGGCCACCACUCUCUUGCCUGCUCUGCCAAGGGCGAGCUGCUUACAUGGGGCCGUGUUGAUGGCAGCCAGGUCGGUAUUGAUCCCAGCACUCUGACCAAGGAGAACGCCAUCUUUGAUGAUCGCGAUACUCCUCGUAUCCUUUUCGUGCCCACCGUUGUCCCAGACGUCUCAGGAAUUGUCGCCGUUAAUGCCGGCACUGACAACAGCUUCGCAGUGUCAAAGGAUGGCCAGGUCUAUUCUUGGGGUUUCUCAAGCAACUACCAGACUGGCCAGGGCACUAUCGACGACAUCGAGAAGCCUACUCUGAUUGACAACACUGCCAUCCGCGGAAAGAAGAUUAUCGGCGCCGGCGCCGGUGGUCAGUAUUCGGUUCUUUGGGGUAUCCCUGACGAUGCUCCCAAGACUAACGGCGUCAACGGCCACUAA